GCGUCAGGUUUUUUGCCCAGUCUCAAAGACGCAGUCGUGUGACCCAUCUCGCACAGUGAGAAAAGCAGUUUGUGUUAAUAGCGCUGAAGUUCGCGCCAAAGAGAGCAACGUAAGUCUCAUAAAAAAUAUUCAUCCGAAAAGCAAAAUGAAGCGCUUUGUCGUGUUUGCCGCCCUCGUUGGCCUUUCGAUGGCUCAGUUCCCCAACGGAAGGAUACUGGAGGCCCCCAAUCCGCAACUAUGCGCCAACCGAAUCAUCCACGAGCGGGCUCCGGAUGGCAAGGGCUAUUUCUUCUCGUGGCGAGAUCCUACGCUGCAGGGCGCCGAGAAAGACUGGCUGGACGCGAGAAAUUUCUGCCGCCAGCGAUGCAUGGACAGCGUUUCCGUCGAGACCAGCCCCGAGAAUGAGUGGAUCAAGCAGAAGAUUGUCGACGGCAAGCAAAAGUACAUCUGGACCAGCGGUCGGCAGUGUGACUUCAAGGGUUGCGAUCGUCCCGAUCUGCAACCGGUAUCGGUGAACGGCUGGUUCUGGACCGCUGAACUGCAGAAGCUGGCCCCGGCCAACGUUCGCAACCAGAACGAUUGGUCCGAGAACGGAGGCAUUGGAAAGCCUCAGCCAGACAACCGCGAACUGCUCCAGGGAGGUGCUCCCGAGAAUUGUUUGGCCAUCCUGAACAACUUCUACAAUGACGGUGUGCAUUGGCACGAUGUCGCCUGUCACCACGUGAAACCGUGGGUGUGCGAGGAAAGCGAUGCCCUGCUGAAGUACGUCAAGUACACCAAUCCUAAUCUGCGUAUCUAAGCGUGGUGAGAUUGAUUCUCGAAGCGCAACUUUCUCACACACUUUUCAGUUGUUUUUUAUUGGAACUUUAUGAUAGUAAUUUUAUCUGUACCGAUGAUCUGUUUUAUUGUCUCUAAACUGAUAGUAUUCCGCUUCGAAGGGCGAAAAAGAAACAAGUUAUAAUAAAUUAUAUUAGUUUUAGAAUGUAUAGAAUAUAAAGACUUAACUUUUCUUUGACACAGAGAAGCACAUUUGACUGCCUGUUGAGGAUGGAGAAGAAUAUUGUGUAGUGUUUGUCAGUGGUAUAGUUACAAAAUGUAAAAACUUUUUGUAUUUAUUGAACAAAGAAAUAGA